AUGAUCUGGACGGUGAGCAUGGUCUUCGUACGAAGACCACAAAUGUACUUUCUAGUAAAUGGAAUCAAGACGGAGAUGAAACUACCCACUUCAAUUGCAGUAAUUGGGGAUGCAACUUACGAAUUGCCUGCAAAUUUACGUCGAUGGGCUUCGGAGGAGAAGGAACGGGAAGCGGCGGAACGGCGCAAGUGCGGGUACACGCACAGCGCGGGCGCUCUGGAGCAGCGCGGCCAGCCGGUUCACGCAGCAAAGAGGUACCGGCCUAGGUUUCGGCGACGGUGCCGGGAGAAUAUCUCAAUGCCAAGGGUGCGGGGGAGGGGGCAGCACAGCUACGACACGUGUCAUUUCCGGAGCUACGUGUGCCGCGCUACACCUUCGCCGGGCGUGCCCGCAGCACUCUUGGCGCGAUAA